CACACACGCGGUUGGAAAUUACAUGGACAAAGAAGCGGACUUCCCGUCCGGCAAAUCAAAUUGGUAAUUACACACUUUUCACUGCUCACUGGACUGUCAGUCCACUGCUCAUCGUCCCGCCAAACUCAAAACACGGGUUUAAGCAAAAAACCCUAGUCUUCAAUUUCUCUCUCAGUUCUUCAAUUGGCCAAAGAAUCGCUGCCGUAGAAGCUGCAAAGAUGAGUUUCGCGGCGUGCAAGACAAUGCAUUGCCCCACCGGCAUCGAGAGCUGCGCCGCCGGAUUCAUCACUCACUCCGCCGCCGAUUUCACCCCGCAAAUUCAUACAGCCGACGUCGACUCCGAUUGGCCAGCCACUAAGCCACUUGGCCCUAUCCCGAACCUCGUUGUCUCGGCAGGAAACGUGCUUGAAAUUUACUUGGUUAGGGUUGAACAAGCAUCCUCCAGAGAUGCCGCCGAAGUGAAACGUGGUGGCCUCAUGGCCGGUAUUUCUGCUGCUUCACUUGAGCUCGUUUGCAAUUACAGGCUGCAUGGAAAUAUAUAUUCAAUGGGAGUGUUAACAGCAGGAGGAGUUGAUGGUGGGAGAAGGAGAGAUUCUAUUAUUUUGUCUUUUGAAGAUGCUAAAAUGUCUGUUCUCGAGUUCGACGACGCCACACAUGGACUACGGACUAGCUCAAUGCACUGUUUUGAAGGUCCAGACUGGUUUCAUUUAAAAAGAGGACGAGAAUCAUUUGACAAAGGGCCGAUUAUCAAGGUUGAUCCGCAGGGGCAAUGCGCUGGAGUCUUUGCUUUUGAACAACAGAUGAUAAUACUCAAGGCUGCUGAGAUCAAUUCUAGCUUAGUUGGUGAGGAUAGUGCUUUUAGUUCUGGAGGUGCCUCAGCUCGCAUCGAAUCAUCAUAUAUCAUCACCUUAAGGGAUCUUGAUGUGAGGCAUGUCAAAGAUUUCAUAUUUCUUCAUGGUUAUAUUGAGCCGGUCAUGGUUAUCCUUCAUGAAAGGGAACUUACUUGGGCUGGGCGUGUCUCUUGGAAACAUCAUACUUGUAUGGUCUCUGCUUUUAGUAUUAGUACAACACUGAAGCAGCAUCCACUGAUAUGGUCAGCUGUUGAUCUCCCUCAUGAUGCAUAUAAACUUCUUGCUGUGCCAUCUCCUAUUGGUGGAGUACUUGUUAUUGGUGCGAACUCAAUCCAUUAUCACAGCCAGUCAUCUUCUUGUUCGUUGGCGUUGAACAAUUUUGCCUUCUUUGGUGAUAGCAGGUUUUCCCCUUAG